AUGGCUGUCUUUUCCCCCAAGCUCACAUUCCUCACCUGCUUCCCCUCUAAACAAAACCUAGAUCCCUACUAUCUUCAGAAAAUGAGAACCACCAUAACGGCUACUAUUUCACCAACAAAACUACCUUCGACAGAAGCACCACAAGACAUGGCUCCGCCGGUUUCACCUUGGCACUCUCCGAUCCCAUACCUCUUAGGUGGUCUAGUGACGAUGGCUAUUCUUGUUGUUUGUGCUCUCUUGAUCUUGGCUUGCUCAUUUUGGAAGCGACACGGAGGAGGCAGCAGUGCCAACAGAGAUUUGGAGCCGGGUGGGAAUUCUUUGAAGGUGUUUAAAGACAAGGUUUUGGUUAUAAUGGCUGGAAAUGAGAACCCUACUUACUUGGCCACCCCGAUUCCGAUUUGCCAUACUAAAAGUACUAGUUUUGAAGAGGAAUCAGAGAAGAUAGAAGGAGAUGAUAAGGAAGAGAACUGUGAGAAAUCGAAAGAGGAAGCAUCAUCAACAUCAGCGAGCUAG